AGGCGGCGGCCCGGCGGGGCUGAGAGGCCAGGAGGAGGCGGACCGCACGGCGGUGUGGGGCGCGGAGCGGCCGGGAUCGCGCGGUGCAGCCGAGCACGGCGGCGUCGGCAGCCAGGGCCUGGGCCGCGGUUCGGCCGCGCGGGGCGAGCUGGACGGGCCGUCAUGGAGGAGAAGCUGCUGCACUCGCACUGUGUGAAUUGUGUCAGUAGACGCUGUAUGACCAGACCAGAGCUUGGGAUUUCCUGUGACUUGAUUGGUUGUCCGUUGGUGUGUGGAGCAGUUUUCCAUUCUUGUAAAGCUGAUGAGCAUCGACUUUUAUGUCCAUUUGAACGUGUGCCUUGCUUAAAUAGUGACUUCGGCUGUCCAUUUACAAUGGCUCGAAAUAAAGUUGCUGAACAUCUAGAAAUGUGUCCCGCAAGUGUGGUGUGCUGUACUAUGGAGUGGAACCGAUGGCCAGUUAGUUAUGCAGAUCGGAAAUCGUAUGAAAAUCUAAGCAGAGAUGUUGAUGAAGUGGCACAAUUAGAUAUGGCUUUGGCCCUUCAAGACCAAAGGAUGCUUUUGGAAUCUCUCAAAGUAGCCACCAUGAUGUCAAAAGCGACUGAUAAAGUAUCCGAACCUAGAGAACAGAUCUCCGUUAAAUCAAGUGUCCCAGAAAUACCACAUGCUAAUGGUUUGGUGUCUGUUGAUGAAGACUCUUAUGGUGCACUUUAUCAAGCAACGGUAGAAACAACCAGAAGUUUGGCUGCUGCUUUAGAUAUCCUGAGUACUGCCGCAAGAGACAGUAGCAUGUUGAGUACAAGUCGUCUUCGCGCUUCCCCAGAUGAAAUGAAUGAAGAGCAAGACACCAGAGGAAGCUUGCAGAAUAGACCCUUGAAAGACCAGGACCAUUUUUGUGAGGAUGAGAUAGGAGCAGUAGGUGGAAUUGACCAUAAUGACACAAGUCUGAAUGUCCAAUCUGAACAAAAUGGUUCAAGUGAUUUAUUGUGUGACUCGAAUACCAGUUCUUAUGGCACUUCUGCUCUUUGUAAUGGCUUUUCUUUGGAAAAUAUAGGUACACAGGCCAUAGACCCAAAUCAGAAAUUACAUGGUGAUUCAAAACAAAGGAACUUAACGAAUGGAGAAUGUAUAGCAUCAGAUGGCACUUCACAACCUUCCAGUUCACUUUCAGUAGCAGCACAACUUAGGGAAGUAAUACCAUCUGGUGCUUUGCCUAAUGGCACCGUUCAGCAUAUCCUCAUGCCAGAUGAUGAGGAUGAAGGAGCAUUGUGUUGGAGAAAAGUAGACUUAGGGGACUUGAGGAAUGUGGAUGUCUUAUCUUUCAGUCAUCCUCCUUCAUUCAAAUUUCUUUCUAACUCAUGUUGGUCUAAACCAAAAGAAGAUAAAGCAGUAGAUACAUCAGAUUUGGAAGUUGCAGAAGAUCCAAUGGGCCUCCAAGGAAUAGAUCUAAUCACAGCAGCAUUGCUGUUUUGUCUAGGAGAUUCUCCAGGUGGGAGGGGUAUAUCUGAUAGUCGCAUGGUUGAUGUUUAUCACAUUGACUUUGGGACUCAGACUUUUUCACUUCCAUCUGCAAUAUUAGCUACCAAUACAAUGGUUGGGGAAAUAGCUUCAGCUUCAGCUUGUGAUCAUGCCAACCCACAGCUUUCAAAUCCAAGUCCUUUUCAGACGCUUGGGCUGGAUUUAGUAUUGGAAUGUGUUGCUAGGUACCAACCCAAGCAGCGUUCAAUGUUUACAUUUGUUUGUGGGCAGUUAUUUAGAAGAAAAGAAUUUUCUUCACAUUUUAAGAAUGUGCAUGGUGACAUUCAUGCUGGACUCAAUGGCUGGAUGGAACAGAGGUGUCCUUUAGCAUAUUACGGUUGUACCUAUUCUCAGCGUAGAUUUUGUCCAUCAACACAAGGAGCAAAGAUUAUACAUGACCGCCAUUUGAGGUCCUUUGGAGUUCAGCCAUGUGUAUCCACAGUAUUAGUAGAGCCUGCUAGAAACUGUGUGUUGGGAUUGCAUAGUGACCAUCUAAGUAGUCUUCCUUUUGAGGUCCUACAACAUAUUGCAGGCUUUCUUGAUGGCUUCAGUUUAUGCCAGCUCUCAUGUGUAUCCCGGUUAAUGAGGGAUGUGUGUGGCAGCCUGCUUCAGUCUCGUGGAAUGGUCAUACUGCAGUGGGGAAAAAGGAAGUAUCCAGAAGGAAAUUCGUCAUGGCAAAUAAAAGAAAAGGUAUGGCGAUUCAGUACUGCAUUUUGUUCUGUUAAUGAAUGGAAAUUUGCUGACAUCCUAAGCAUGGCUGACCACUUGAAGAAAUGCAGUUACAAUAUUGUAGAGAAACGGGAGGAAGCAAUCCCAUUACCGUGUAUGUGUGUGACACGAGAACUCACUAAAGAGGGACGUUCACUUCGCUCAGUUUUAAAACCUGUACUUUAAAAACUGUAACUCCACUUGCACAUACAUGCAGACACCUAGUAUAAUUUCUUUGUAAUAUGUGAUACUUUAUUAAUGUAUUAAAGAUUACAAGUAGCUAAAUUUAUUGCCACUAUGUAUAUAAUGUUUUGAAGUGACAUAUAUUUUUAUAAAGUACUGUUUAGUUGGAAAAAAGUUGCCUUAAUGUUUGAAAUGUGUGAAAUUUUUGGAACUUGCUGGACAGGGUGAUUUAAUUUUUAGCUGCAUAAUUUUCAGAAUUAGUAUUUUUAAUGGUGUGCAUAUUUUGGUUUUUAAAUUUUUUGUUUCUUAGUUUAACAAGAUCCUGACCAAACAAUUUGUCCCUCAUGUUUUCUGUGGGUUAUAACCCAUGCAUUCAGAAAGCAAAACUUUGAUUCAAAUUUUUGCAGCAUAGGUUUUUCAGAUAAAGACAUUCAGUUGCUUAAGGACUGCCAUAAGAUCAUUAUAAGAUUUUUAUUUUCUAGUGCUCCCCUUAUACGAUCGUGGAUACAUAGAUGAUCUUUACUAUAUAUUUACAUAAUAUUUAAAAUCAUGACUAGUGUUUGGUAAUGCAUUUAUCAUGUUUUAAAAAUACCCACAAAAGUGUUUUCACCUUAUGUAUUUGCAACUGUCAUACAGAGAGUGACCAUGUGCAACUUCCUUUCUUCUUAGACACCACAUCCAAAGACUCACGGCAGCGUGUUUUAUGACAGGUUAAAAUGAAAAUCAACAAAAAGUCUGUGAAUUUAUUUUAAUUUGAAACUGUUCACGGUAUGAUGUAUUUGCUAGGCUUUUGAUAUUUGGAAAGAAGAAAAUAUACCUCAUUUAAAGUUCAGAUUGGGCAUAUUGUGUGAAUAAAUUUCAAAUAUUCGGAAUGCAAAGGGCUUAACUUUCGUUCCUAAGCAUUUAGAAUUUUUGUCUUUGUUUGUUUAUAAAAAUCACAAUUAUAUUGUUUUAAGAUAUUUAACAAUGUGAAAUUUGGUAUCUUUGUAAGAUGACAAUCACGAAAUGGAGAAACCUGUCUUGGUUGACAAUCUUAAAACAUUUCCACGUUUAUUUCCCAUAGACUUCUCUACCAAAAUAGUAAGAAUUGUAUCUUUGUGUAAAGAUAAGGUAUAAGAGAAAAAUAUGCAAAGUCCUAUUCUUGAAGUAUUUAAUUGUAGUUUUCAAAUUGAUUUACACUAUUAUUAACCUGAUGUGGUCAAUUAAAAAAAUGAAUAUAUCAGUAUUUAGAAAUAAGUUGCAAAGAUGGGGAAUACUUAAAUAAUUUGUUUUAAGUAACUUCUGGUAUUUGGUAGUCUGAGGUGGUGACAAGUUAUUUUGCUAUAAAAUAUCAAACUUCUAUUGUGUCUUCUCUUCCUACAUUGGUCCCUGAGAGUGCUCUGUUGUUUCUAGGGUAACAAUACUAUGGCAGUCAGACUGGGCAGAGAUGUUCCUUAGGCAUUAGAAAAGAACUCUGAACUGCUUCCGGCUUCUUGUGGUUGGAUCAGGCCCUUAUUGCAGUUGAAAAUACAGCAUGAAAGACUAAUCAAUUGUUUUGUCUUACCUGUCAUUUCAGUUAGUAGAAUAAUUAUUUCUCAGUGCUUAAACUUUCAACUGUGAGGUUGAAUUAUAUAGUCUAUUUCUGAAAAAGUCAGAAAUCAGAUUGAAUACUGUAAAAUAUAACUGCCUUUUAAAGUUUUGCUGAAGAAUGUGUCUGGUUAGGAUAGCACAAACAUUAACUUUUUGUUUUAUGGUUGUGCUUGUUUGGUUUUUAAGUUUAGACUUCUUGUGUUUACACUGGAUCAUGAGAUAUUUAACAGUUUUCCACCUUAUAUUUCUUUUACACAUCUUUGGCUGUUUUUUGUUUGUUAUGCCACCGUACGACUUUGUUAAAAUGUUUUCUUUGUGCAGCAUUUGUUCAAAUUCUAAUAAAAUUAAUAUUUUCCCUUUAUGUGGCUCAGUAACUUAAAAGGAAAAACUUUCAUUUAAAUAAAAUUUUAAUACUUG